AUGGGGACAACCAAGAUGGGGACAACCAAGAAGAGUGCUACCAAGCCCAACAAGCGGUUUCGGGGAGGAAGAAAAAGUCGAAUGGCGAGCCGAUUGCUUCGCAGCAAACUCAAGAUGAAAACGAUGGCGCCGCUGGCUCCCAAGCAUGUCAUAUCUCGAAUGGCCAUGUCACGACUCGCAAAGGAGAUCAUGUCGCAUCUGCCUGGGGCAACUCUGGAUGACCCCAACAAAUUGUCCCUAGUCGCUGCGGAUGCCCUGCAUACCGCGGCUGAGGGGUUCCUGGUGGAUGUGCUCUCGUGCUCAUAUGCCUUGGCCCGUCAUGCCAACCGCACAGUACUGAUGGAUAGUGACAUUAAAUGCAUUUGCAUGGCGAUGAGGACAUUGAACAAGACAACCUUUGGUGAUGACGGGUUCCAUGCCAAGUUGAAGGGUGUAUUGGCAGACACCAGGGCCGAAGCAGGCUCUGCCAAUAAUGGAACCGACAGUGAUGACAUCGACAGUGAUGAUACCGACAGUGAUGAUACCGACAGUGAGGCAUCGUAA